AUGAUUACUUACGAAAUCCCGUCGAACAACACAUUGCCUACAUCGCAUCUUAUAGCUCGAGUACUAGCUUACUCAAGAGAUGUAGAUGUGGGGAUGCAGUUGCAACAGCUGAUAUACAUCAGGAUCACUGUCGGGAAAACAUGUGACGCAAGUAAAACAGUGAAGGAAGAAGUAACGACGUGGUGGAAGGACGGUGCAGCUAAGGAGGAAACAAAGGUUAAGGUUGCUGAAAAUGAUAAGUUCUCUCAGAUGGCUUACUUUGAAACUAGUGCAGUGGCGUGCUCAUACUACCCAUGCUCUUCUACGGAGCUAAGUUUGGUUUGCCUCUACAACAAAGAUGCAGCGGAUCAAGCCGUCACAGAUCUUUACACGGAAAACCCAGACCAAUGCCAAUGUCAAAAUUGCAAAUCGUACCUCUGUCCGUCGGAGUUCACUCCUGGUGAGAAAUUUUUAAUCAAUUUUAGGAGAAGGUUGGUGGCCACAGGAUGGGCUGGGGACCCGAAGAGUAAAUAUGCGAAGCCGGCGAAAGGAAUGAUGGAACUGAAAUACGAGGAAACGUUAGAAGAAAACGCAAAAAAUUACUUGGAUGCAAAUGCGAACACAUGUCCCAUAACUCCAGAAAGUGCAGACAGUAUUGGAGAGAACUUCUGGAAAAGCAAUAAUUUCACAUUGUCUCAGGAAGAGGCUGUCGAUAAGGCUGUCGAGGAAUGGUUUAGUUACCUGACAGAUAUUGGUCUCGGAGAUGACCUUGAAUAUGCAAACCUUAGAGAGGACUCGGGAAAGAUGUUCGGAAAUGUAAUCCAUGACGAGACAACGAAAAUUGGUUGUUAUGUGAAAGCUUGCGCGAAGGAGGGAGUAAUUGUUGUCGAUUGUCGCUAUGAUCCGAAGGCUGACGGAAAUAUCUUCGAAACUGGAAAGACGUGCAGCUCGUGCGGCAACGCCAAAUGCUCGCCUCUUGGUGGACUUUGUGCCUGA